AAAAGUAAGCAGAGGGAGCUAGGAGAAGCCUCUCUCUCCUCUAUAAAAACCCCAAGCGCCUGAGCCAGCCAUCACUCACUCACGCAUUACUCGCACAUUUAAAACCCUCAACGGAGCCUGUCAACUCUCACUCCCAGUCUCAGAGGCAGUCAGAGAGACACAGAGACGAUGGUGAGCGACCGGAAGGCGUCGGAGGAGGCUAAGGUUGCUGCGGCGGAGAACAGCACCAUGAGUGGGCCACUCGUGGGGACGACGAGGCCGUCUGAGACGAAGGGAUCGCCGGUGCGCCGGAAAUCUGACUUGGCCCACCUCGUUUUGAGGCUUCUGUGCAUGGCGACCUCCGUGAUCGCCCUGUCGUUCAUGGUCACGGCCAGGGAGGCUAGCACUGUCUCCAUCUACGGCUUCCAGCUUCCCGUUUACUCCAAGUGGUCUUACUCGCGCUCCUUCGAGUAUCUCGUUGGAGUUUCGGCUGCCGUUGCCGCUCACUCCCUGCUGCAACUCCUCAUUAGCGGGUCAAGGCUGCUGAGAAAGUCCCCAGUGAUCCCCUCAAGAAAUCAUGCGUGGCUUAUAUUUGCUGGGGAUCAGGUAUUUGCAUAUGCAUUGAUGAGCGCUGGGUCGGCUGCGUCGGGGGUGACCAACUUGAACCGCACCGGAAUCCGACAUACAGCUCUACCGAACUUUUGCAAGCCAUUACAAAGCUUCUGCGACCAUGUUGCCAUCUCAAUAGCCUUCACUUUCUUCAGCUGCAUCCUGCUUGCCACAUCUGCUGUCCAGGAUGUAAUUUGGCUGUCCAAGAACUGAAUCUUCUCCACAUACUUGAUUUUGUUUUGCACCCCUAUAAAUAUUAUGACUUCUAGAAAAAUACUAUCUGCAUCCUUUGGUUUCUACGAAAAUGAUCAAUGUUUCUGUCUUUUGAAAACUACUUUACUCGAGGGCAGCUAUGUAAGAAAGGAGAUGGCUUCUCAGCACUUCAGUGAUGGGAAUUAAUGUGCCUAACUAUUGGUCAUUUGAGAGCCUGCCUAUAGAAAGGCUUCUGCUAAUGUAAUUUGUAUGCCAUGGGACGACUCUUGUUUAUGACGGCGUUAAUAUGUCAAAAUAGGUGUGCAAAUCUUACUAUAUUUCAAACAAUAUCA